AUAAAAAUCUAUAAAUAGAAACUUCUAGGCAAUGACAGUGCUGCCAUCUACCAGACAUGCCAGAGGCUACAUGUGCCCAAAACUUCCACAAACAUUGAUUAAAUAUCUUCAUGUUUCGUCGCAUUUCUCUUAUUAUUUCCACAUUUUUUCAACCAACCAAGCAUCAUCUAGAAAGAAAUAAACUAUGUGAUCAUAAAAGCACAAGAAGUUCACGAAAAUUGGUCUUAGAUGACCCUCCAAAUUGGUAUAAAGUUCACUCAAAUCCAGAUCCUGGAACAACUGUCUUCACCUUCAAUAUCAAGAACCUCCCAUGGCUAAGGAAGUGGUCUCGGCCAGGUCUUGAAAACCAUAUUGCAGUCAAAUCAAGUGAAGUGAGCAAUUUUGCUUCACACGUGUUGGCAAUUAAGAUGGACUUCAAGGUUCCAGAGGUUGUUCGAGGAAUGAAGACGCUUGACAGGUCCCUCUUCAAAAAGUCCGUUAAAAUUCCCGGUAUAAAAGCGCCAGCAAAAACACUGAACGUUCUCAUGAAGAAAAUCCGGAAAGAGACAUUGACGAUCCGUGGUGUUAAACCUGUCGUUAGCCUCGAUGAUAAAGACGCCCUUUCCCAGAGUCAUAAACUUGUGCUGCUUGAUCCUAGAAGACAUCCAGAACCAACCAGCUUUACUGAGGCACAAUUAGAACUGUUCAAAGACAACGAUGUUGAUCUGUCUCAAUUCUCAACUUAUGACAUUGAUCUUGGCUAUGAGAAUUGGCCUGCUGAUGAAAUUUUACGAGGUAUAUUGCCAGAGGACCAAGACAGUGUUUCAGGCUUCACCCUCAUCGGACAUAUAGCACAUCUGAAUCUCAAGUCUCAUCUCCUUGAGUACAAGAAUGUCAUCGGUGAAGUUCUCCUCGACAAAACACCAACAGUCCGUACAGUUGUGAACAAGGUUGACACCAUAGACAACACAUUUAGGAAUUUCAACUUGGAGGUACUGGCUGGAGAGACGGAUUUUAUCACCACAGCCAAGGAGAAUGGUUGUGCCUUUGAAAUGGACUUCUCCAAGGUCUAUUGGAAUUCAAGAUUGUCAACUGAGCACCAACGUAUUGUGGACCAGCUCCAAUGUAAUGAUCUUGUUUAUGAUGUCUUUGCUGGGAUUGGUCCAUUUUCCAUCCCAGCAGCAAAGAAACGUUGCACCGUUUUUGCCAAUGAUUUGAAUCCAGAAUCAUACAAGUGGUUGCAGCACAAUGUAAAAAAAAACAAGUUAAAAAACAUUACAACUCAUAACCUGGAUGGAAGGGAUUUCAUCCGGAAUGUUCUAAAACCAGACUUUAUGAAUCGGCUUAGUGGCAAGGCUGACUUUGACCGGACUUGCAAGGUUCAUAUUGUUAUGAAUCUCCCAGCACUUGCCGUGGAAUUCCUUGACACCUUUCCUGGAUUGUUCGACCUAGAGCAAAGUGAAAGAUGUGAUUUCAUUGAGCCUAUGGUUCAUUGCUAUUGCUUUAGCAAGGAGGAGGAUUAUGUAAAGGAAGUGAGGGAGAGGGUUGAAUUGGCUCUUGGGGUCACACUCCCUGAUGAUCAUGUGAUCAGAUACGUCAGACAUGUUGCACCGAAAAAAGACAUGCUUUGUGCGGAAUUCAGGCUGCUGAAAGAUGUCAUGGUUAAAAAAUGCGAUGGUUGUGAGCCUCCCAUAAAAAAGGCUAAAAUUGUUGUUCCAUAGGCUAUUCAGCCAAAGAAUAUGGGUGUCAACAGAAUGUUGUUGUUCAUUAAAAUGUCAACAUCAAAUGUAAUGUUGCAGUAAGUAUGGAAAGAGUACGAAUACAAUAAAUAUUCAGGAAUUGAAA